GACACGCUAAUGAAGGUGAUCGAGCCUAUGCACGGGCAAAUGGACGCGCCGCGACGCUGGUGGCGCAGAGCAGUUGACGACCUCAAGGCCAGCGGACUCAAGCAGCACCCCCUGGGCCCAUGUCUUGUCGUUAGCUACGAUAAGGACGGCAACUGCGACGGGUUUGUUUUACUCUAUGUGGGAGACGUGCUCGGAAGAGGCGAUCGCAAGCCUGGCAGCAACUGCGACGACGUCAUCGAGGCAGUCAAGAGGAAGUUCAAGUUUCGAGAAUGGAUCGAGGAGGACGAGGUGGAGCACUGCGGAUCGGAUUUACAUCAGACCACCCACUGGGGCAACAAGCACUCCAACGGCGCCGAGGUAAACGAGACGCUAAGGUUCUACAGGCAGAACGCGGGCGUCGGCCUCAAGAUGAAGAAGUUUGGCAAGGUCAGCGACAUCGUGCUCGCGGCGAUGGCGGACGCAGCCUGGGGAGUACGCCAAGACGGAUCUAGUUACGGAGGCUACGUGACCAUGGCAUUCCACUCUAAGGUAUUCGACGGCGAGGCUAGCCGGGUCAUCGCUACAUGCAGAAUCCCAGCAGCAGCAGGUAUGGACACGCGAGAAUUUGCGAAGCGAUUCUGGGCAGCCCUCAUCUACGACAUUGUCAACGUCAACGUCGACGAGAGCACGCACUACGCAGGAGAGUCAGCACUCGCGAUCGAAGCCAAGGCACUCGACGACGCAACCAAAAAGGAUAUCAUCACCAGCUUCCAGGACAAGCGGCCCGGCAUCAAGGUACUGGCACUACGGGAACGUAUUGAGGCUACACAGACGCAGUGGAAGUUGGUCUCAUCAGAGCGGCAGUAUGCGGACGGACUCACGAAGUUAGAAGCAAG